GCAGGAAGUCAGUGGGCGGUGCCGCGGCUGGCUUGGUUCGGUGUCUGCCGCUGUUCCGCGGCUCGGGGCCCGGCAUGUCGGCCGGCGACCUGGAGAACGACGAGCGCACGGCGGGCGCGAUCGCGGAGCUGGUGAGCACGGCCUGCGCCUUCCGGCUGCCGCGCGCCCCGGAGGUGCCCUUCCGCCGCGUCUCAGUGGUCUUCGGGGAACACUCCUACCUGGCGACCGUCUCCGGGCAGAAGCUCUUCGUGGUGAAGCGGCUCAACAGCGUCCCGGAGCCCGUGAUUGUGUGAACGGGCCGACGGGCCACUUCGUGUCCGGGGCGAGGGCGUGGCGCCGAAUGGCGGACAAUAAAGCCGAUUUGAAAAUGUGGCCGGGAGCCUGACCUGCAGCUGCUGCUUUGCCACUCUCCGGCUUCCGGAGGGCUUGUCACACUGCAAGGCCGGAGGCCGAGCAGCCCCCACCUCCCUCCUCGGAAGGUCCUGGGCCCGGUCUGUGGCCAGGACCUUCUUCCUUUCUCCCUCCUCCCUCAACCCUCCAAUAACUGCCUCCUUCCAGAGCAACCACAAAAUCAAGUGCAGGCACAUUAGUUAAGCAGUACCUGUUCCCCCCGCCCCCCCCCCCAAGAAAAAGCAGGAAGGGGAGUGAUGGAAAUCCCAAGUUCACAAGCUCAGGAUGAGGUGGCCUUACAGUUGCACACUUUUCAUUUCCAGAAAACACGUCAAUAUGCUUUAUCAUUCCUGGCCAGAAAAGCCUGAUGCAGCCAUGAUUACCUCCCAGGCCACCCCUUCCCUGCUGCUUGUUCCCACUUUGGGGGAGUCGGCCCAGUCCUGCACAAAUGCCUGGCCUGUUGUCGAAAGAUGCUAAAGUAUUUCACACUCUCUGAUCAUCCCGACAAGAUGCUUCAAUAGGAAUUGGCUUGUGGAGGAGCAUCUGCCAAACAUUUCACAUGCCGCUUGCUGUUCCAAGGGGGAGCAAAGCUGCAAUGAAACCA